CUUUCUCAUUCAAAAUACAAUUCUAGACGAAUGAACAGGUCUACAUAAAUCCCACACCCUGAACUGGAAUCAAGGGUUCAGUGAAGUGGCAAUAAAGAGAGGAAGAGGGCUGAAUCAAUCGAUUGUAUUCGGCUAACAUGAGAGCCAGAAAAUUUCUUCUUUCUGGUUCCCUUUCUUAUUUUGUAAAUCUACCUUAAUUCUUUUGAUAAAUGAUAUGAUAUGACUUUUACUUUCAGUACUUCAAUGACUGCACCAACCUCAACGGCUGCUUCAUCCUCUCUCUUGACGAGCGUUACCCAAAUCCGUACAUGUCUGGGUCCAAGUGACGGCGGUUAUCCAAGAAACCGUCGGCUCAACCCGGUACAGCGGCUUCGCUUGCCGCUUAGACUCUAUACUGCUCCUUUUUGCAUUUCUUGCUUCCUGAACAACCGCAGUGGAAAGCAUUCUAGGAUAUCAAUAGCUUUACCUGCUGCUUUUGUUGAAAAAUCUGCGUCUCAUUUGCCUGCUGCUUCUGCAAUUCCCCAAGAUGAUGAUUCCACAAAGCACAAAACCCUUCUUAUGGAGAGCUACCAUGAACACCAGAAGCUCAAAAUCUUGCUUGCUAAGCUCAACAUGAAAGGCUCUUGCCCUUUGCAGAUUCUUCAUGAUGAUGGAGAUUGGUCCAAAGACCAGUUCUGGUUUACCAUCAGAUUCCUUAAACAUUCCUUCAGAUCCGAGGAGGUGCUCCAGGUGUAUAAUGUUUGGAAGGACAGAGAAAAAUCAAGAAUUAAUGAACUUAACUAUGAGAAGAUUAUAGGGUUAUUAGGUGAAGAAGGUCUGAUGGAAGAUGCAUCUUUGGCGUUUAAUGAAAUGAAGAGUUUUGGUCUGAGUCCUUCUAAGCAAAUUUACAAUUCUUUAAUUCAUGGUUAUGCUAAAAGUGGGAAGUUUGAUGAUGCCCUAUUUUACCUUAGUCAAAUAAAAGAAAUGAAUUUGUCUUUGGAAAGUUAUACCUAUGAUGGGUUGAUUCAAGCUUAUGGUAAGUACAAAAUGUAUGAUGAGAUGGGUAUGUGCUUGAAGAAGAUGGAGAUGGAUGGGUGUUCCGCAGACCGUAUCACUUAUAAUUUGCUUAUCCAAGAAUUUUCAAGAGCUGGUUUGCUUGCAAGAAUGGAAAAGCUAUAUCAAUCCAUGAGAACAAAGAAGAUGAAUUCUCAAUCUUCUACUUUGAUUGCCAUGCUUGAGGCUUAUGUGAAGUUUGGUAUGGUUGAAAAGAUGGAGAAGAUUUUAAAAAGGGUUUGGAAAUCAAAAGCUAAUUUGAAGGAAGAUUUAAUUAGGAAAAUAGCCAAGAUUUACAUUGAAAAUUUCAUGUUCUCGAAAUUGAAUGACCUGGGAGACAAUCUUUCUUCAAGAAUUGGUAACACAGAUCUUGUUUGGUGUUUACGCCUCCUUUCUAAUGCUUGUUCUUUGAGCAAACAAGGCAUGGAAUCUCUAAUUAGAGGGUUAAAGGAAUCAAAAGUUUCUUGGAAUGUAACAUUUGUAAAUAUUGUUUUGCUAGCCUACCUGAAGAUGAAAGACUUCUCGCGCUUGAAGAUAUUAUUCUCUGAGUUAACAAACCUUCGUGUGGAACCUGAUAUGGUGACUGUUGGAAUUCUAUUUGAUGCGUAUGACUUAGGGUUUCAUGGGAUUGGAAUUUUAAAUUCAUGGAGAAGGAUGGGCAUUCUUUACAGAUGCGUGGAAAUGGAAACAGAUCCCCUGGUUCUCACUGCAUUUGGAAAGGGCAAGUUCCUUAGAAGUUGUGAAGAGGCAUACGCCUCUCUCGAACCUAAUGCUAGAGAAAAGAAGUGGACUUAUUCUGAUAUGAUUGAUUUAGUGGCAAAGAAUAAUAGAAAGGAGCAACCUCAAUUGAAGGUAGAUGAGUGAAACCAAGAAUCAAGAUGCGCUGACUCAAUUAGCAUACAGUACUUUAGAUCAUAAAGCUUUACUUGCUUGUGUUACUAACUAAAAGCAUCACUUCAUUCUAUAGAGAAGCAUGACAUGUUUUCUUGAUAUUGCCUAAUACUUAAUUGUUUGCAUCAUUUGAUACCAAGAUUAGAAAAAACCUUAAACUGGGUGGAUUCGUUUCUUCAUGGAACAAUGACUCUGCUUGGUUUUUAUUUUGUGAUAUCAAUUAAAUUAGUAUAUACAAAGAAGGGAGUUGAGUAUUAAUUGGGAGCAUCUACGGCUUGUGGGGAGGAUUUAAUUUAUGUGUUAUUUUCUUUUUAUUAAAAGGUUAUGUAGUGUAAUUCAUUUUGGUUUGACACAUCUUGAAACCAACUUAUAGAUCAUUGACUAGAAAUGUUGGGUUGGUUGGUUUUUGAUUUGAA